GAAGUUUGAAGAUGGGGAAAAGGGGAGGCCAUUAGCCUGUUUUCAAUGGGGUUGGAUUACUGUACAUGUACUGUCUAUCAGCCCUCUCUGAACUAACCUUCUCUCCCAGGAUGGCCUUCUACCUGGACAGCGUGAUGAGCUGCACUAGAACCCUGCUGAGGGCCAUCUCUGGCUGGGUCCCCCGUCACCUGAUAGGGGCCGUGCUGGUGUCCCUGCCCGCUGUGUCCGUCUUCUCACACGUCACCUGUGACAUGCACCUCUCCAUACAGUUCACCAUGCUCACCUGCUGUGCAGUGAUCAUUGCCAUCAUCCAGUACUGUAACUUCUGCCAGCUGAGCUGCUGGAUGCGCUCGGCCAUGGCCACGGUGGUGGGACUGGUGCUGUUCGCCCUGCUCUUCAGCCCGCCCUGCAGUUCUGCCAACAGUAUGUUAUUUUGGUCUGGCGACGCCACCAACAACAGUAACCGCAGCAGUGUUGUACAUGGUCAGCCUGAGCCCACCGCUGACCCCGUGCCCCGCCUCCAGGACCUGCUGGGCCCCGAGGUGGGAGUGGCCUUCUUCCUGCUCCUCCUGCUCGUCUGGUUCCUCAACCGCGAGUUUGAGGUCAGCUACCGCCUCCAUUACCACGGCAACGUGGAGGCCGACCAGCACCGCAUCAAGAUCCAGAACAUGAGGGACCAAGCCGAUUGGUUGCUUCGGAACAUCAUCCCCAUCCACGUGGCAGAGCAGCUCAAAGUGACUCAGAGUUACUCCAAAAACCAUGGUAAUGUUGGCGUGAUUUUUGCCAGUAUCGUUAACUUUAGCGAGUUCUACGAGGAGAGUUACGAGGGUGGCAAGGAGUGCUACCGCGUGCUCAACGAGCUCAUCGGUGACUUCGACGAACUGCUUCGCGAGCCGCCCUUCAACAACAUCGAGAAGAUCAAGACCAUUGGUGCCACAUACAUGGCGGCGGCUGGGCUGAACGCGCAGCAGUGCGCCGAGACGCCGCACCCUCACGGCCACCUGCGGGCGCUGUUUGACUUCGCACUGGAGAUGAUGCGCGUGGUGGACGACUUCAACAAGAACAUGCUGGGCUUCAAGUUCAAGUUGCGCAUCGGUUUCAACCACGGUCCUUUGACUGCAGGGGUGAUCGGCACCACUAAGCUGCUCUACGACAUCUGGGGCGACACUGUGAACAUCGCCAGUCGCAUGGACACUACGGGCGUGGAGUGCCGCGUGCAGGUGAGCGAGGAGAGCUACUGCGCCCUCAGUGCCAUGGACUACAACUUCGACUACCGCGGCACAGUCAACGUCAAGGGCAAAGGUCAAAUGAAGACCUUUCUGUUCCCCAAGAGUGCGGACAGCGGCACCCCCGUGCCUCAGUACCUGCUCUCCGUCUCGCCAGAGAUCCGGGUGCAGGUGGACGGGAGUAUCGGGCGCUCGCCAACGGAUGAGCUCUCUAAUAUGGUGCCUAGCUCCAUCUCUGGUGUACCCAGUACCACCAGUCCCUCGCUCAGCUCUGGGGUGUCCACGGGUCUGCUGCGGCCUGAGAGGGGGGUGGUGGAGGCUGGAGAUAGGCCAGACAGUCGGCAACAAUACUACUGUAGCCCUACUACUACAGAGACCAUCGCAGCCAGACGCUCCUCAUCAUCAUCCCACGUUGGUCUAGCCUCCCUGCCUAUCACUAGUCAAGCUGGAGCUACUUUGAAAGUCAAACAAUCAAAUCUGUCCAUCACUAAUAAAGAUGAAACUCCUUCAACCAGCGUCCAACAACCAAAUCUGCCCGCCACUAGUCUAGCUGGAGCUCAUUUGACAGUCCAACAACCAAAUCUACCCAUCAAUUAUAAAGGUGAAACUCCUUCAACCAACAUCCAACAACAAAACUAG